UAUCCUGAUGAAGAUCAUCCAGUUAUUUUGACAACAGAUGCAUCAAAAGUUGGUAUUGGAGGAACAUUACAACAACACAUUAAUGGUGAAACCAAAAAUCUUUAUUAUCACUCUCAAAUGACAUCAUCCAGUCAACGAAGAUAUGAUCCAAUUGAAUUAGAAGCCUUAGCAAUAUGGAUGUGCUUUCAACGUAUGCGACCAUAUUUAUUGGGAAGAUCAAUCAUUAUUUAUACAGAUCAUUGCCCCUUAUGUAACAUGAUGAAGUCAACAGUAAAAAAUCGAAGAGUUGAUCGUAUAUCAAUAUUAUUACAAGAAUUUAAUAUCGAAAAGAUCAUCCAUAUUAAAGGUCAACACAAUUGUUUAGCUGAUUACCUAUCCCGUCAUCCAAUUCCAAGAGAAGAAGAAAUAUUUGACGAAGAUUAUGGUAUUGCUAAACGAGAUAAAGGGGAACCGACUGUUAUGAGUCGUGUUCCUGAUGAUACUACUCCACUAGCUGGAGCAGUUACGACAAGGUCCAAAAUGAAACAACUGCAAUUAAAACAAGAUCAAAAUUCAACAUUACCACUAAUAGAAGAAGAAACUGAUCAAACAAAAGAAGAUUCAUCACAAAUUAUUGCAAAAAAUACACUGGAUAUAGAACAAUUAAAAAUUGAACAAGGAAAAGAUUCGGAUAUUCAACAAAAAAUUACAGAAGUUAUGAAAAAUCCAAUUAAAAGUACCUAUGAAUUCAAAGAUGGUUUAUUAUAUAAGUUAAUGAUUAUGCGUGAAGGUUGUAAUACGAAGAAAAAAUUAAUUUAUUUGCCCUCAUCUAUGAUUAACGAUCUUUUACAAGUUUAUCAUAGUGACCCUCUUAGUGGUCAUUUUGGAGUCCAACGAACAUAUUUGAAAAUUAAAAAUAAAUAUUGGUGGCCGGACAUGAAACAAUCCAUCACUCAAUAUAUACAAUCAUGUUUACCAUGUCAACAAUACAAUAUUAGUAGAUCGAAGAAACCUGGUCAUUUACAACCCAUUCCACCUCCUGAAGGACCAUUUCAAUUAAUUGGUAUGGAUUAUUGUGGUCCAUUUAAACGAACACCUCGUGGCAAUCAAUAUGUACUAGGUAUUACAGAUUAUUUCACAAGAUGGGUGGUUGCUAUUGCGGUACCUGAUUGUUCAGCUCAAACAACAGCUGAAGCAUUAUUUAAUGAAUACAUUUGCAAGUAUGGGGUACCAGCAGUAAUACUAUCCGACCAAGGAACGCACUUCCUCAAUCAGUUAAUGGAAGCUAUGUCAAAAUUAGUCGGAUAUAAUCACAUUUAUUCAACAACGUA